CCGGUAAAAACCAAAAUAAAAACGUGACGUCAUAAUACCAGUCGCCAUUUUCUUUUAAGUUGGAAGUGUUAUUAUCGAACGUUUGUUGUGUAUUUAGUAGACAAAUAGGGGUUAAUUGUCAUUCCCUUGUCAUAUGAUAUAGGGAACUUUAACACGUGUAGUCAAGAGUAUUUGCUGACAAAUUAGUAACAAUGACAAUUCUACCUAAAAAGAAACCCGGGGCUUCGAAGUCCGAGUGUGAAUCUAACGAGCACCAGAGCGGACAUGCAACGCAUUCUCACCAGCAUCACCAGGCCACGACGGACGCUCGGCACGAAAAAGCCACACGUUCCCGAAACUCCCCAACCCGCUGGGUUCCGUCGACGGCGAGGGACGAGAAACUGACCAGUCACGACCCGGGGGGAGCCUUUGAAGGUCACGAGGGAGUUAACAAUAAACGACGUCAUCGUUCCUCCCCCCACAGGACGCACGCCCGGAAACACCGUGUUCACGCCUCCGCCACGGUGACUUCUCGCGAUUACCAGGCUUCUACUGAGUAUGAAGAGACGGGGUACAACAGUGGAGACGAGUAUGUCCCUCCCCAGCACCCUGACAACGUGGAGGAGCUGGAGGCUUGGUUUGAGAAGACACUUAAGGAAAAGAAAGGAUGGGUCAUCAAGAAGAUGGGGGAGGAUGGGGCUUGUCUGUUUAGGGCUGUCGCUGACCAAAUCUACGGAGAUCAGGAAAUGCAUGGCGUUGUCAGGAAACACUGCGUGGACUAUAUGUUAAAAAACUGUGACUACUUUUCCCAGUAUGUCACGGAGGAUUUUACUACGUAUAUAAAUCGAAAGAAAAUGGAUAAUUGCCAUGGAAACCAUGUAGAGAUGCAGGCGAUGAGUGAGAUGUUUAAUCGUCCCGUAGAGGUCUAUCAGUAUAGCAUAGAUCCGAUAAACACAUUUAAUACUCCUUAUAAAACUGAGAAUGAACCUAUUAGAAUCAGUUACCAUGGAAAUGUUCAUUACAACUCCAUCGUAGAUCCACUUAAGGCGACUAUUGGUGUUGGCCUGGGACUUCCCGGACUACAGCCGGGGCUUGCAGACAAGGUUCAAAUGAGGGAUGCUGUCCGGCAAUCGGAGGACGUCCAAAUUGAGCAGACUAUGUUGGAAGACAAGCUGAGAGAAACUGACUGGGAAGUUACUCAAGAAACCAUUGAAGAACAAGUUGCCCGUGAAUCAUAUUUACAGUGGCUCAAAGAUAACGAAAAUCACGCUCGCCGGCAAAGCUCACCGCGGUCAGCCAGUGCUACCUGUAGUUCUUCCAAGGACAACCUGUACAAAGAGCUGGGGUCCCCUGAACUCCUGUCACAGGGGAGAUCACCGAGAAACAGGAGCAAUCCUGGGUCAGGGGGCAGUAGUCCCCAGCGACUGGACGCGAUACGGAGCAACCCCAGCAGCCCAAAGCAGGCCGAGUCGGCUGGACAGAGCUCGCCUAUACCCACGUGUUCAGGGUAUAAUCCACCGGGUGAGUCAGACAGUUUCAACAGUCUGGGGGCAACUGGAGGGGCACAGGAUCUGACUACAACCAACUUCAUUGAAACCUCUUCCUUAAUGAACUGCUACAAUUCUGAUAUGUAUGGUCUUUCUGAUUGGAUGGAUGAGGAUGACAUCAUGGCUCAAGUGAUUGCCCAGUCCCAGAAUGAAUACCUUAACAGUUUUAAGAAGUCAGCCACAUCCUCGUCACCCAAUCCAGACAGCUAACGCAGGGCGGGCCUAACUUAAUCAUUUUUUACAAUUCUACACAUUCAUUGUAGCAGCUCUGGUUUAUAUUGCUUAUAGAGACUUCUAAAUUGACAGAAAAAUAAGCAGGUCUUAAUCCUUGGCCAUUUUAUUUCGCAAUUUAGAGAUAUCUGAAUCGCGAUUAUAAUCAGCGGGGCCCAAGUCUCAGGCCAUCAUCUUUGCAAUAUUCCAAUAGGUAAUUGGAUAAUUUUGAUAUUUUAAACUAAAAAAGUGUUCCACUUUAAAUGAUUUGGAGGUAAAAGUUUUACAUUUUGAAAUCUUGCUGAAGAGUGAAAGACUGGUCAGAUGACAUGGAUUUAGAUCGUUUUAUAGGGUCAUUACACGGGAUUGUGUGAAUAUAAUGUAAUUAUAAAUACUGUAUACUUUACAUGCAAUUUAUUCCAAAUUUGUUUAUCAUGUGAUUGUUUUGUUAAGAGUUUUUGUUACUAUAAGUUUUACAAUAUAUCUAUAUAUAUAUAUUGACCUAUAGUUUGUCCAAAGAGUGCUAGAGAAAUUUGUAGGAGGAAAAUAAAAGUAAUUCUGAUAUUUAUUUUGAUUUGUUGCAAGAUUUCACUAUCAUUAUACAAAUAUUAUGAAAUGACUAAAAAGUUACCAGAAUUUUGUUGGCUUUCUUAUUAUGUAAAUUAAAAAUGCACAUGCAGACAUGCACACACACAAAUACACAUUAUGGUGUAGAGACGGAAAUGAAAAAAACUCUAUAUUGUUGAAUUUAAUAGUUAGUAUGUAAGAUACUGUGUUUAUUGCCAGAGUAGAAUAUUAUAUGAAAUAUAUUUAAGAAAGCUACGAUUGUCCCGAAGAUAAGAGUGCACUUCCGUGUAACUUGGUAGUUAGAUCAUUUUCUUCUACAAUGUUUGAAUACUAGAUGGAAGAUGAUUGAAAUCAUGUACAUUAAAACACAGUCACAGCAAACACACUUAUAAUGGAUUUCACCCAUACAGUGAAGUGAUUUUUAUUACCUGUAGUUUUAAAACAUGUUUAUAAACUUACUGGAUAUAACAAAUUAUGUCUAUAAAUAACCAUUCAAACUUGCUCUUCCCCAGCACUUAACUAUAAGCAUGUUUUACUGAAGUUUUAAGAGAUAUUAUGAACUUAUUGGGUAUAAUGAAUUGUCUCUAUAACAAAUCAAACUUGUUCAUCCCCAACACUUCUCUAUAAGCAUGUUUUACUGUAGUUUUAAGACAUAUUGUGAAUUUACUGGAUUUAUAACGAAUCAAACUUGGCCCCCCCCCCCCCCCCCCCCCCCCCCCCCCCCUCUCUUUGCUAUAAGCAUGUUCUGCUGUAUUGAAGUAGGAGAAAUUUUGCAUUAAGGGGGAUGAUGUUUUCGAUGGCUGAUAAAGGUCUGUAUUUUACGAAAUGGCAUGUGGAAUACAUGGAGGCGAUGUAGUGGAUGUUUUUACAAUCUCGCGGGGUAAGCUACAAUGCCGGUGCACAUGUUAAAACAUAUUCAGCAGGUUACUAGGGAAAUAACAUGCAGUUACCAUGGAGAAAAUGACCAUAUUUUUUUCUGUCAUUUUACUAAAUUCACUUUGUAAUAUGAGAAGUGCAUGUUUUUCUGUUGUUCACCUUUGAACAUGUAAUUGAACCUGAUCUUCAAUGACCAAUUCUGCUGUGAACACCGGAUUACCUUGUGUACACUGGGUACAAAGGCAUAGAAAGUUUGACCUACCUCAAUUUUGAAAAAGUAACGACUUGUAUGUACAUCAAACUUUGGUUUUGAUCUCGAUUAAUACAAUAUUACAUUAAGAUGUGGAAAUCACAAAUAUUUUAGAAACUGUUAUUUUAUGACUUUUUCUAUUCACAGUGUUUUGAAAGCUAUAAUUAGGGGUUUCUUUGGGAAGAAAAUUGCGGAUGGCAGUUGAACAGAAUGCAUUGCAUUGUGCAACAUCCUUAUGUUUGUCAAUUGACAUGGCGCAUCAUCUCAUUACAAUAACAAUGAAUUUUCUUAAACAUAUUGUAGAAAUAUUAUGACUUUCAAAUUAAGAAGGCCAAAUAUCGGUAGGAAAUUUAGGUAUAAAAAACUUCAUAGUAAUUUUUUUUGUAUCACCAUGCCAAGUUUAAUUCCCUCUCCAUGAAAUGGUUGGGGCAUAUAGUGUUACUUUAUUUCAAUCCUUAAAUCAUAAUUCAAUUUCUAUUCAUUAUUUCUGCAAUAGAGGCACAUUAUUCAACUGAAAUUUGGUAUAUAGACACAUCAUGAGAAUAUCCAGGUUAUAUUCUUUAUGUGCACCGGUUGAAUGACUUACAGAGUUGUGCCCCUUGGAUUUUGAAACUUUCACAAAAAUUCAGUCACAACCAUGGGGUCGACAUUUUGAAUUAAAAUUUGGUAUAUAAAUACAUCAUCAAUGAGAAUAUCCAGGUCAAGUUCUUAUUUGGUUAUAAUUGAAUAAUUUUUUUACAGAGUUGUAGCUGUGGACUUAAAAAAUUUCAAACAGUUUAUAGUUUCCAUCAUGUCAUGCAGUCAUGUAUGGACAUUUUGUAUUGAAAUUUUGAAAAUAUACAGGUCAAGUUUGUAUUUGGUACUAUUUGAAUAAUUUUUGGAAGAGUUGAGCCAUUUAGACUUUGAAAGAUUUCAAACAACUCUCUUAUAUCGGUCAUAUCUUCAAUUUAAAUUUAGGAUGUAGAUAUAUUAUGAGAACAUGCAGGUCAAGUACUUGUAUGGGUUGAGUUGCAUAACUUUUGGCAGAGUUAUAGUCCUUUGGCAGAGGAUUUGUGUGGCUUUAAUACAUUUAGUUAUGGUAUGCAUGUAAUGCAGUAUUCAAAUAUUACUGUGUGUCCCUUAAAAAUUGUAUUGACAAGAAAUAGUCCAUCAGUAGGGCAUAUAUGUAUAAGAAAAUUUUUAGAAUUUGGUUGGUUUUUUUUUUUGCCUCAUAUCAUGCCAAUUUUAUUGCAUGUACAUGUAACUCAGUAUUCAAAAAUUACUGUAUGUCCCUUAGAAAUUGUAUUGGUGAUAAUCAUAAAUUGUAAAAAUCAUCAAAGAUCAUUUGAUACUUGUUUAACAAUUUCUACGAUCGUUGUGCAUCCAUCCCCAAAGUAAACAAAAAAAGGGAGACAUAAUUAUUAUUGAUUUACGUAUUCUCCUGCAAUCAUUUCAAAUUAAUAUAUAGUUUUUGUUGUUGUUUUUUUUUUUAAAUUUCAAUAGACUACAACUUACAAUGAAGAACAAUAAGUUUUAGAUGUGUUUGUGUGUAAUUGUGUAAAAGUACGUAGGGGGCAUGUGUCCUAGUGUAUAAAUGAUCAUUAGCUUUUGUUUUAUUUGUUGCCCCGUUGAAUGAGUCCCUGGAUUUUAUAUUAUUAUUUUCUUUCAAUACCUGUUAUGUUUGUUUUAUACAAAGGCAUUGUGGUCCAAAUGAUCUUAAUUUUUUUUUUAGGUAACCAUGGUAAAUGAGUAGGGUAUCAUGUCUUCUUUCUUUUCCUUUAUGCAGAAAUACUCCACAAAUGUCUGGAUGACUGUUACAUGUGAUUAUAAUGAUAUAAAACUGCAUACUAUGUUUCUAUGAUUACAGUGAUUACAAUGCCUUUAUAGCAUAUGUAUGUAUGUAUAUUAUGAAGAAUAUUAAAUUAUUUGGUCAUUCUGUAA